AUGCAGGUGUCUCACCUGGAGAACUCGAGUCACAACUGGAGGAUUUGCCCAGCUAGCAACCCUUAUUAUCCCAUUAAAGAGAGUGAUUUGGCCAUGGGUCCCUUUUUCCCCGCGGAAGAACGUCUGGAUAUCGCUACGCCUACGUCCAUGUUCUACGUUGAAGACCUCCGGAUACUCGCAGGCAGACCAAAAGCUGAGGAGAGUAACGUCUUCGGAUAUAUAUUGGCUUUCGAUUGGAUGGUUUGGAUGUUCCUGAUGAUAACGUUGUGCACGAUAACUGUGUUGACGGCAGCAAUCAAAGGUUGUGAACGUCGGGGCAAAUUCUGUCUGAAAGAAAUGCUCCGCAACAUGAGUGACGUCUUCUGGCAGUAUGUGGAGAACUUGUUCUUCGAAGCAUCAGCGGAAGUGCCAGAGAAGACAUCUCUCCGGGUAGUCUCCGCUACCUGGUGGAUCGCUGUCGUCGUCCUCAUGAAUGCCUUCUGCGGUCACCUGCGGGCUUGUCUCAUGAUCAAGUCCGAAGUGGAGAAAAUCAACACCGUACGCCAACUAAUAGAGAGGCCUCGAACAGUGCCUUACAUGUGGAAAGGAACGUCAUAUGUCGGCAUGGUAGCGCACUCUUCCAAUGAGUACCUGCAGCAGAUAGGACGUGUGGUGCACGAAUCAAACACCGCCCAGCCGUCUUCAGUUCUGUACGGACCGAAGCUGCUGUCACGCAUCGUUGCCGGCAAGGCCGUCAUCAUAACUGACAGGACGUCCCUGGUCUUCCGGGUGUCCAGCACUUGCCGAAUCUUCGACGACGGAGAGUUUUACCUGGCCGAGGAAAGUCUCGUGUCUCACCCUCUCAAUAGCUUCGUCCGCAAGGACAUGGAUCCCAAGCUCCGGGAUGAUAUCAACCGAGUGAUUCGUCGCUUGGUGGAAGCUGGCCUGGUGAAUUACUGGUGGAGGAGCGCGGCGGGGGACAUGUCCACUUGCAGCGCGGGAUCUCAAAGCGAAUCCGCCGAUACCCUGGCCUUCUCAGACAUGUUGGCCGUCUUUGUCUUGUUACUAGUUGGUGUUCUCUUUGCCGUGGUUGCACUUGUGGUAGAGUUGUUCUGCAGCCGUCGCAAGAGAGUUACGUAAAGCGAAGACGACCCAUAUCCCCAGAUAGACC